GGAGCGUUGACGCAGUACACUCGGUUGUCUCGUCUCUGUUUACCAGUCCAAAGUGCGCAGAAAGGGAGCAAAGGUUCGCCGUGUGGCUGCCGAUCAUCGCCGCGGAUGGUUUUCUACUGAAAGGCGAAGGAACGAACUAAGACCCGGCGCUGAGAGCGCUGUUCACCGAUCCGCUGACAGCGGGGGAGAUAUGGUCGGUCUGAGUGAGGAAACUGUGUCUGAGUACAAAGACCGAGUGAAGCGGUCAGAGGGACAGAUCUGCCGCAAGAGGAAGCAGCUCGACACCGCGUUGAAGCCGGAAGUCAGGCGGUAAAUAUCAGACAACCAACAGUUGGUGAUGAAAGAUUUUUCCCCGGAGCAGCAGGAGUGGAGAGUCAGCAUGGAUCCAGAGCGCUGCCACAUUAAAGAGGAACAGGAGGAACUGUGGAUCAAUCAGAGGGAGGAUGAUAUCAUUGCUGUGAUAGUAAAGGGUGAAGAGGAUGAUGAGAAACCUGGGUCCUCGCAGACUCGUCACAGUCGCACCGGUGAGAACAGAGCAGACUGUGGAAGACCAGAAUCAGCCAGAAACCUGGGUCUGCGUGGACAUCCAGGACCAGGUACUGAGGACAAGAACGAAGAAGAAGAAGAAGAAGACUCUUCUGAGACUGACAACAGUGAAGAUGAGUGGAAGACCACCAGUGAACCUCAAACUUUAAAGUCAUCCAAAAGUAAAACACCCUCCACUGAUACGAGAGGUAACACCAGUGAUAAAGUAUUUGAAUGUUCUGAAUGUGGUAAAAGGUUUGUCAGAAAGAGCCACCUGACGACACACAAGAAGAUCCACACAGGAGAGAAGCCAUUUAGUUGCUCUGAGUGUGGCAAAAGCUUUACUCAAAAGGGCAAUCUGAAGUCACAUGAAAAACUUCACACAGGAGAGAAACCCUUUAGCUGCUCCGAGUGUGGUAAACGAUUUACAGAGAAGAGCAAUCUCAAGAAGCACAUCAAAUCUCACACGGGAGAGAAACCAUUCGGUUGCACCGUGUGCGGUAGGCGAUUCUUCGAGAACAGCCAUCUGAGGUCACACAUGAAAAUCCACUCGGGAGACAAACCGUUCCGCUGCGCCGGGUGUGGUAAGGGAUUCUUCGAAAGGAGCAGCCUAAGGAAGCACGAGAAAUGUCACCUGGGAGAAAAACCCUACAAUUGCUCCGAGUGUGGUAAAGGAUUUUUCGAAAAGAGCAGUUUCAGGAAGCACGAGAAGUUUCAUUCGGGAGAGAAACCGUUUACUUGCUUGUUCUGUGGCAAAGGGUUUGCUGAGAAAAGAAACCAGAUACUACACAUGUCCGUCCACACAGGGGAAAAACUACUGAGUUGCAGAGUUUGCAACCAAAGAUUUAGCUGGUAUAGUCAGAUCAAAAAACAUCACUGUGUUGGUUACGCCACAGAGAUUAAUUAGAGCCAGAGACCAGAAACCAGUCGGUUAUUCACAAUUUGAAGGAUAGUUUUUCCCUCAGGCCAUGACAGGGUCAUUAACCUUCAGACACCGAACAUUUACCAUAGAGCUCCGAACGUCACAUGACUCAGUUUGUUUACGCCGCCAUAUCGGCAGGAAAAGCUUCAGCAAAAUGGUUUCAAGCUGUCAAGAGUUCACUGCACACUUUAAAUCCACGGAGAACCUGACUGAAUACAAAUUUGUGUUGCCACCAAAUUGAAACGGUUCGGUUUGGAACAGUGAACAAUGAACAUCUUUGGCACCCUUCUCUUGAGGUACCAGAGUAAAAUGGUAUGGUACGGUCAGGGUGGAGUCACAGUCAACUGAAUGUGCGACAGAAAAAUGUCACUCCCUUGCAGCCAAUGCUUCUUCAACGCCCGCAGU